AUGCGGUCAGCACCUCCGGCACCUCGGCAGGAAAGUUCUCACCAUGCUAGUGUAAGCGUGCCGCAGACUACCGCUUUCGCUACCGUGCCAGUGAAGAUUAUUGGCCCAACUGGCAAGUCGGCAAUCUGUACGGCCAUGCUGGACUCAAGCUCGACUGCAAGCUUCAUACGGGAGGAUGUAGCCCAUGAGUUGGACAUGGCAGGUGAAGUUCACAUGUUGAACACAUCCACGACUGGUGCGCAGCAUACCUCCAGCUAUCGGGAACUGGUCAAGGUGCAGAUGGAAUCCAUUGAUGGAACAGUGUCAUACCCGCUCAAGGCAUGCGUAUAUGAUCAUGUGACCAAGAAGACGCAGGUCGCGGACUGGAGCCGGUACACAUCCAGCUAUGAGCAUCUGAAGUUCAUAGACUUUCCCGAAAUCUCCAGCACCACGGUCGACCUCCUGAUUGGUCUAGACGUCAUUGAUGCCCACGCAUCACUCGCGGAGUACAGAAGCAGCAGUGGUGGACCAAUUGCCCGCAAAACGCCACUGGGAUGGGUGUGUAUGGGCCCAACGCCCAGUGCACCCAGUGAUGACGAGUUGUCCGUCAACUAUGUGCAUGCUUUAUACGGCGAAUGCAGCAUAGACAGCCUGGUCCAGAAUUUCUGGAAUCUGGAGGCAGUCGGUAUGAAGCACGAAGGCACCUACAUCACCUCUGCAGAGAAGCUGGCUGAGGAGAUCUUUGAGAAAUCCAUCAGCUUCCAUGAUCAGCGAGUCACCAUGGCAGUCCCAUGGAUCCACAGCAACGGCGAGCCUGGUGUCACCGCUAAUCGCGCCAUGGCAGACCAUCGCCUGUGCAUGCUAGGGAAAUCACUGGACAAGCGUCCAGAGCUGAAGGCAGCAUACGGCAAAGUCAUAUGUAGCCACAUUGACAAAGGCAACGUGCGCGCAGUGUCGGCAGCAGAGGUUGAGGCAGAUGGUGACGACCAGUGGCUCCUGCCGCAUUUCGCCCUUGUACGAGAUGACAAGGCCACCACGAAGGUACGUGUCAUCUUUGAUGCUGCUGCCAAGUAUGACGGCACGUCGAUCAAUGAGUGCAUGUACGCUCGACCCGCUCUGCAGAAUGACCUAGUGAAAGUGCUUCUGCGGUUCCGCAAGGAGCCAGUGAUGCUCACGGCGGACAUUACCGAGAUGUUCCUGCAAGUCGUGCUGGCUGAGCAAGACCGCCGAUAUCAUCGCUUUGUGUGGGACUCAAGCGUAUACGAGUUCGAGGGGUUGGUGUUCGGCAUCAAGGCGUCUCCGUACCUGGCAUGCAAGGCGCUACAAGUGGUGUGCCGCGAGACAGCCGACAAGUAUGACCCUGCCAUGUUGCAGAUCGUUGACCGAGACAUGUAUGUGGAUGAUCUGCUGCACUCUGCUGUCUCCGUACCGGAAGCCAUCCGCACACAGCAGACAGUACAGGACAUCCUUGAGCAGGGCAGCUUCCACCUCCGCAAGUGGCUCAGCAAUAGCUCGGAGGUGAUGGACGGCGUACUGGAAGCUGACAGCUCACCGCAGCUCCUAGCUAGCAUCAAUGAUCAUGAUAACUGUGUGCUACCAUCAGUCAAGACGCUAGGCGUGAUGUGGUCGGCAGAGGAUGAUACCUUCGCCUUCCAGUUCAAGCCGCCUGCCACAGAGAAGCUGACCAAGCCAGCCGUGCUGAGUAAGAUGGCAUCUAUAUUCGACCCACGCGGACAACUAGCUCCCUUCACCAUUCGCUCUCGUGUCAUGUUCCAGGAGCUGUGCAUCCUCGGCGUGGGCUGGGAUGAUCCACUAGAUGCUGACCACACGCGGAGAUGGACAUCCUCGUUUAGCGAGCUGGGAGAUCUGGCGCGGGUCCGUGCGCCGCGCUGCUUCAAGUGUCCGGGUCGCGAGUCGUCUGUCGCUACAUUGUCGCUGCACGUGCUCACGGAUGCUUCAGAUGCCGCCUACACCGCUAAUGUGUACGUCCGUGCUGAGUACCCAGAUGGCAAUGUGCGAGUGACGCUACCACUCGCCAAGGCGCGUCCAUGUCCCAUUAAAGAAGAUGUCGAUCCCGAAGCUGGAGCUGAAGGGUGCUAUGCUUGGUGUUUGCCUGGCCCAUACAGUGAAUGA